AUGAGGCAAGUCAUUUUUCUCUACUUCUCCUUCAAUAAGAUUGUGCGGAACCAUCAUAAUUUUGCCUGUUUGGGUUGUAUUUUUUACUGGAUCCAGCUCUAUGCAACAAAAUACCAUCUUUGGUCAGGCUUCAGAGACUGCAGUGAGCAGCAAGUGAAACUUGGGCCUUAUCCGGAGACCCAAGUGUUGAUUGUGCAGCUUCAUGAAGCUAGGUGUUCUCAUGAGGGAGAGCCACCUCUUGCAUACCACCUGGAACCUCAACAUAGAUUCAUAGGCAAGUGGGACAGUACGUCCUCGAGGAUUGACUCUCAGCCAAUUUCUACCUUGACGUUGUUCUUCUCCUUUUCAAUUUCAGCCAACCAUGGGCGCAAGGCUUUGGAGACUUUCAUCGAACAGCACAGCUGCUGGCCAAGGGGUGCUGAUGUUGUUCUCUGCAUCGAAAAGGCAUUAGCUCAGUCUGGGGUGUCUAGGGAAUAUGUUCGUUACAUCAACACACAUGCUACAUCCACACCGGCUGGCGGCCCAGAGACCUCAAAGAGUAUAAUGCUCUUAUUCAUUGUUUUGGCCAAAAUCCUGAGAGUGAACUCUACAAAAUCCAUCAUUGCUCGCCUACUUGGAGCAGCUGGUACUGUAGAAGCUGUUGCACCACUACAGAUACAUCCGCCAAACUUCAUUUUCUGGUCAAUGGUUCAACCUACAUAUGAUGACAAAGAUUCCAUUAAUGAAGAUGUCGGCGAAGCUUUUGCAGGUGACAAUGAUGGUGGAAUGGAUUAUGGGAUUAAGCAGAGCUUGGAGGAACAACAUUUUGAUUUUGCUGAAGUUGGCUAUGCAUUGAACAAAAUGUCAAUCACACUAAAGGAUUCCUUACAUAGUAGGUUUGGUAGUGCAAUAAACCAACGCAUGCGAAUGCCCUCGAGAAUGAGAGCGUCAACUAGUCCGGAGUCUUAUAAAUUGAAAGUGUAA